UAAACCCAUCUGACGACUUUUUUACUUAGAGAGCACCAGCACAUGUAAUUGCAUGCAGACAUUUGGGUUGUGCGCAGGAAUAAUAUUUUUUCGUGUUUAGGCAGGAUAACAUUGCUUUUGUGACUAGUAAUCGUUUUAGGGUGCAGGCAGGGCAGGACAAAGGAAGAAUACAAUUAUAAGUUGUUUAAGUUUGUUUACAAGUGAGCAUUCAAGAUGGCGGCAACCGGCGAAAUGAACGAGAAUCUUGUCGAACGCAAGAAUACAGAAAAGUUCAAGGAUACUGGAGACUAUGGCGAACUAUGUAAGAUUGUAAAGAAAGUUGUAAAAGAAAGCUCUCAUUGGGAACUCUAUGGUCGUGAUCAAUGCAUAGUUGCCACGGCAUUUCUUUUGCUACUCCCGAUGGGAUUUUUGCUGGUACGACAGCAAGGAGUUUUGUUUUUGUUGGGCCUUUUUCUUCUCGGCACAACCCACAUGCUGGCUGUUAGCAAGGCUGCACAUGCUGCAUCUCAUAAUGCAUUGUGUGCAACAAGGAGAUGGAAUGAUGUCUUUGGCGUUUUCUUCGGAGAGAUUUGUGGUGCUUUCUCGUUUAUGGCUGGAAGAGAAUCUCACGUAAACAUCCACCACCCGCAUACAAACGUGGUUGGCCUCGGCGAUUCAAGCCUUUGGAAAGCGCCUUUUCUUGGCCGAAAGGUUUAUUUAUUUAUUGCCCCAUACUUCCUUCCAUUUGUUUCUCCUUUAUUUUCCAUGAAAAUGCAAUGGGGCAAGUGGAGACACGUUGCCGUGAAUUUCCUACUGAUGGCCUUUGGUUUUGUUGGGCAUUUCGCUUGUUUUAAAAUUAUCUCAGGUCUUACAACUGCGUGGUCCUUGAUUUGUCUGCUUGUCACAAGGAGUAUGUUCUAUUGCCCAUACAUACAUGUCAACAUUUUUCAACACAUUGGUUUGUCAAUGUACCACCCAGAGCAUCGCCCAAAACGCCUAAGGUUAAUGGCAACUGGAGUUUUGAAUCUUUCCCGGAAUAGCUUCCUUGACUACUGUUUUGGACAUUCUCUUAUCAACUGCCAUGUGGAGCAUCACUUGUUUCCCACAUUGUCUGAUAACAUGUGCCUGAAAGUCAAGCCGAUUGUGAGAAGCUACCUUGAGAAAAACAAGCUACCUUAUCAUGAAGACAGUUACUGGAAUCGACUAAAGGUUUUCUAUCACAAUUAUGCCAGUCUUAUGGUUCAUGCUCCUCCUUUAACCAACUUCAUUGGAAUCCAGUAAUGUAAAGAGUAAUUGGCUCCUCUGUCAAAUGUACCAGCUUAUGAAAAAACCUCCAAUAUGUAUUUUAGCUAGUUUACUGAUCUUAUGUUUACCAUAAACCUUGAAUAAGCCCCCACCUUUGAAUAAGCCCCCCUCUUUGAAUAAGCCCCAAAUUAAAGUAAUUCUUGUGACAUAGGCCCCCUCCUUGAAUAAGCUCCCACCUUCUAAUUUGCCCCCCUCCUUGAAUAAGCACCCACCUUCUAAUUUGCCCCCCUCCUUGAAUAAACCCUCCACAUUCAAGUAUUCUUGUGACAUAGGCCCCCUUCUUGAAUAAGCCCCCACCUUUUAAUUUGCCCCCAUCCUUGAAUAAGCCCCCACCUUCUAAUUUGCCCCCCUCCUUGAAUAAACCCUCCACAUUCAAGUAAUUCUUGUGACAUAAGCCCCCUCCUUGAAUAAGCCCCCUCAUGGGCUGAGGUAUUGCCACAACAGCAAUAGGUUUAUCCCAAUAUAUCUGCAUUUUAAGCACACUGACAAGCCUCGAAUAUUGGAAGAAAACUUACCCUGGUAAAUAUCCAAAGAGAACAUACCCUGGUAAUAUUUUUGGCUGCUGUGAAAUAAGCCCCCACCUUCUAAUCAGCCCCCUUGAAUAAGCCCCAACUGCAAAAUAUUUUUGUGAAAUAAGCCAUUGAGGGCUAAUAUGGGGACUUAGGAUAAUCUACAAAAUUGAUAUAUAUGCAAUGCUAUAAGUUUCUAAAGAAAUUUUUGAUGCAUUUAGAAUUUAUUUUUUAAAAAUCUUAUAUAUCUGGAACAAAUUACCAGAAUAUACCAUUUAUAAAAUACUUUGAGUUUAAUUACCCAUGAUUUGAUGAAGAUCAGAGCAAAUUAAAACUACCACAACAGAUUGAUCUCAUCCAGUUCUCUUUGUAGUAAGAAUGAAAAUUAAUGCAUGUGUUACAAAGCAUUGCCACAGUAAAGCCUAUAUGAAUAUGUAAAUUAAAAGUUUGUUAAAUUAUUUAAAUGUGGGAUUGAAAGAAUUCUGCAGUUUGGCAAUAUAUUUUUUGAACAAAUCUUUUGACACAAGUUUAUUGUUUCUAAAGAAAUUGCAAAAGAAAGUUUUUGAUUAAAGCAGUUCAGAAUUGAAUUUAUAGUUAUGCAUGGUGGUGCUGAUCAAAACUUUUUAUGAUAGUAAGCUUUUGUUGUUAUCAAUGAUUUUCUUUAUAAAAAAUUGGUUAACUGCUCUGCUGUUCAACUUAACUUCAUAUUAACUGAUCUUAUGUUGAAAACUGGUUUUAUCAAUUAUAAUAAUUUACGUUAUGAAUGGAAUGACAGAAAGGAAUAAUUUAAAAAAUUUGUCAACCUUAAUAUUGGCAGUUGAGGCAUACCUUAAAUACCUUGAAUUUAGAAACAUAGUUGAGUUCUCAUCUUUGUCAUGAGCUUCAGCUUGACAUGAAAUUUAAUGUUUGAUUUGUAUGAAUGAUCGUAUUGUAUAUUUAAAAGAAUAUUCUUUGAAAUUUGAUGCCAAAUUUA